GUGACAUUUGUUUAUUUUGUUGUGUUAUGAGCGUAUUUCACAAACAUAAUUCUUUUUAACAAUAUAUUUCUAGCAAAUAUAACAAAAUUAUACAUUCUAAAACAGUUAUAGCACAAGAUGAGCAAUUGCGACCUGGAGAUAAUCGACGAGAACCAGCCACCGGCUCAAUCACAAAACACAUCAACAACUGGCGGCGAGGACACCGAAAUAGUACCAAAACAUCUUCGAUCACGAUACUGGAACAGUUGGGAGGAGAUGCGUUUGGUGGAAUUAUGGAGACUUCAUAGCAAUGAAGUGACGACCUUAAAGACAAAUAUACCUAUUUUCCGUACAAUAUCAGAGGGUAUGCGCGAAUAUGGUUUUUUUGUCAACGCACAGGAGGUGCGUCGUAAAAUAAACAGUUUCAAAAAUAAAUACAUCGCCGAACGUCGUCGUUUGGAAAUAGAAGAAAAUGAUAAACAAAGCCACUGGAGACUAUACCCACUAAUACACUGCCUAUUAGCGCCUCGCCAAAAAAACCAACUACUUACACAUCAACAACUCAUUAUAGAGCGACUAUUUGCAAAAAUACCAUUAGAAUUGCUGAACAAAGAGUUGCCUAUUACGGAAAUGCAAACCACCAAAGUAAUACAAAAGCCAGCUGCGUUUAUGGCAAAAUCCGCGGAACAGUCAGCUUUGCCGACACAGUUACGAGGUCAACCAAGAUACCAGCCAUAUGCCAGAGCAAACGGCGACACCAGCUUUUUAUUGCGACACAAUUUUACUAAGGAAAGAUUGACACAAAUACGUGUUGACAAUAGUAUACUAUCCGAUCAGCGUGAUGCAGCCUUGAAACAGCUAAAAUCUGAAGAACGGUCAUUUAUGGCGUUAGAGAGUUUCCUUAUGAAUUGGCAAAAGAAGCACGAAGUUGUUUUACAACGCUUGCAAUGUACAAAUGGAAACUGAAGAAGUGGCUGUAAUAUUACUACGAAUGUUUUUGUGUCCAUACACAUACAUAUGAUUUUGUUUUUUCAUGUUUGUUUUUAUCCAAGGUGGGCUUAAAGUUCUUUUUUUUCAAAAUAUAGUCGUCUACUUAACAUA